AUGCCUGCUUCCUCUAUGUACAGCAAGGACGAGAAAGUCCUUUGCUUCCACCAUGACAUACUCUACGAUGCAAAGAUCCUAGAGGUGCGGCACAAGGACGCCGCGGACAAGAAGAGCGUCCUCGAGUACCUAGUCCACUAUAAGGGCUGGAAGAACACCUGGGACGACUGGGUGCUCGAGGACCGCCUUCGUAAGGCCACGGAGGAGAACCGUGAGCUGGCCGCCAACUUGCGCCGGGAGGUUGAGGCCGCUGCCCGCCAGAAGAAUGCGAAGCCCACGGCCAAGAAGCGCGCCAUGUCCGACCGCAGCUCCGUUCGUGACAGUGAGGAGCGCGGCAACUCUGUGCCCGGCCGCGCCAGCAAGCGGGCUCGUGGUGAGACCGACAUCGAGAAGGAGGAAACCUUCCAGUCCCGCCCUUCCAUCCGCAUUGUCAUGCCGGACAACCUGAAGGCCCUGAUCGUCGACGACUGGGAGCGCGUUACCAAGAACGGCGCCGUCAUCCGCCUGCCUGCUCCCAAGCCCGUCCGCCAGAUUCUCCAGGAGUGGCGCGACGAGGAGGCUCCUAAGCGCUUGGAGAGCCGCAUCGAUGUCGACGUCCUCGACGAGGUGAAUGCCGGCAUUCUGGAGUACUUCGACACCAUGCUCGAUAAGCUCCUGCUCUACCGCUACGAGCGCCCUCAGUACCGCAUGUUCCGCAAGAAGUUUGCCAACACCCCCGGCGGCAAGGGUCCUGUCGAUGUCUAUGGUGCGGAGCAUCUGAUCCGUCUCUUCAGCCUCCUUCCCGAGCUGCUCGCUCAGACAAACAUGGACCUUCAAGCUACCCAGCGCCUGCGUGAGGAGCUCUCCAAGUUCUCCCUCUGGCUGUCCAAGAACUCGGAGAAGUACUUCCGCACCGAUUACAUCUCUGCCGAGGACUAUUACGUCAAGCAGUCGCUCAAGGACGUCAACUAA